AUGAGUCACGUUCUGGCACGUCGGCACGCAUGGGAGAACUUGGACCCUCGAUGGACGUGGGACGAGGAAUGCGCGGAUACGAGCAACACACAGUAUGAAGUCUGCGAUGGAAUAUGGGCGCAUAGCUUUGAUCGGAUUGGGAACGGUCCGUUUACUGGUCUCAAGUAUUGCGAGCUCGCCCCUCCAUCCCAAUCCCAGAGGUUCACUGCUGAUGCCACCGAUAUAAACUCGCCAUGGGAACACACAAUUCAUAAUCUGGGUAUGAAUGCCACCGAUUUCUCAUUUAAUGCAUACCAUGACGUGCAUAUUCUGGUAGAGCCCAUUCACGACAAUACCGCCCGCCGGAUGCACUUUCGGCAGAUGUCGACCAAUGGGGUUCACCCGGACGCUGCGGCACCAUAUCUUGACAUUUUUGCCAAAGACUGUAGCGUCGAAUGGGAUGGAGAGUCGAGAAAAUGUGCUGUCAUGGUCAUCGACUGGAGGCUUUCAAAGGCGGUAUUGCCAUUCACAGUCGUCGGGGAUGCGGCCCUCGUGUCGAGCCACAGAAUUCUGCUUCUUCAUCUACCCGAUACCCAACAUGGACCCUGCGUGGACCUUCACUCCCUCGCCACGGAAUCGUCAGCUGGUACUAUCCUAUGCCGCUUCCAUCUUCCUUUCCCAUUCCCAAUCCGCUUUGGAUACCUCUUUACCCACCCUGGGUCACGAUUCGGAGAGGACCAGCGCUCCAGGUCUCUCUUCGGAGGAACAGGCGAGGAAGGAUGGAAGAGUACCGUACAAAACCACAGUCCUGUCACUCAGGCCAAGCUCUUUAUAACCGACCCCAGGGUGGAGAUUGUUGGGUGCAUGCUACGCGGGACGGAAAGGAAUGAAUCAAUAUUCAUGGUCCUUUCUAUUGGAAGAAUGGUCAAAUUAUAUAACGCGCGUACGAGAGCAGCAAGCGAGCCGACACGACACGGUGAAGCAGCGGCAGAUGGGAACAGAUACGACACGGUGGAUGUAAAGCGUCCAUCUGCAGGCGAAGCUUUGCGAACGGAAGAUAAAUCGGCAUCACAAAUCCAAGGGACACACGGCAAUUAUGCCGAAAAUGACCAAGACCAAACUCCACCUGGGCCUACAAGCCCAGAAUGUGCCUUUUCAUGGCACGAAUGGGGUCCCGAUUCUUCACGUUGCUUACCGCCAUAUUCAGUUUUCAAUGCCGGCUUCCGGUCUACAGCAGGAUCGCGGAUUGCAAUAUGGGAUAUGUGGACGACGACGGACAGGAUCGCUAGGUUGGCAGUGCUCGACUUCAAUCCUCUCCCUAUUCGACGGGCCGAGACAAAGGAGCGGAUGGAACGAGCGAGCACGGGCUCGCAAGAGAGAAAGCGAAAGACCAAGGCUGAUGCAAAGGCGUAUGCAAGUCAAACAAUAGAGGCGGUGGAAAACGAAACAGACACAAAUAGCCCUGUGAAAAGUCAGGCUAUUGAGAACCCGGGUCUAGUAAUCACGGAUCGGCUUGUAGCCAGAACCGUGACUGCACCAACCGUGACUAGACUCUGGGGCUGGAGUAUGGACGUUGAGACGCGACUGCCCUACCGUAUAUUUACGCUUCGGUGGGAUUUUGACUACCGUAGUGUGUUUCUAGAUAAUACGACAAUUAUCGGUAGAAGGGAGCAAUCGUACCAUUUUUACUCUUUUCUCCCGCGCUUUGGCGAGCUGGAUAAGACGCCUCUGCUAGGGACAAAACCGACGCUCUUACCUCCGCUAGACUUGGUAAACCUACAACUGUCCACUGAAAAUAAUGGCGAAGAUCUAGAAAGUGUCCCUGAUGAAGAGGGUGAAGUCCCAGAUCCGGCGGAUGAUGGCAGCGAAGUCGAAGUGCAGGAGGAUACAGACAAUGAUGCGAGUGAACAGACUGCGAAGGUCGCAUACGCUCUUGUUGGAGAUCAGUUUAUCGAGGUUGACAUUGACGGUAUUGGACUAGAGCUGGUCGAUAUGGAUCCUGCGCAGGAUAUAUUCGAGCCAGGCACGAGCGAACAGCAGUAA